GGCGGUGCUGUGGUGCCCUGGGACCACAGAGGAAAAGCUCCGUUUUUGUCCUGGAAGAAAACGUCACUCAGACAGCAGCUGCAGUUUGUAUCUUCUCUGCUGCUCAGGUGAUGGAGUUCCCCCAGCAUUCCCAGCAGCUGCUGUCAGCUCUGCGUUCCCAGCGCCAGCGGGGCUUCCUCUGUGACUGCUCCGUCUUGGUGGGCUCAUCCCGUUUCCUGGCUCACAGGGCUGUUUUGGCCUCCUGCUCGCCUUUCUUCCACAUGUUCUACUCAGACUCUCCAGGGGUCAGUGGUGGAAACAGCACCAGCAGCUCUGUUACACUCGACAGCGACAUUGUCACGGCUGCUGCAUUUGGCUUGCUUUUGGACUUUGUCUAUGAAGGCGUGCUGCAGCUUGGCGAGUCUCCUCCAGUGGAGGACAUAUUGGCAGCUGCAAGCUUUCUGCACAUGAAUGAGGUGGUCAGAGUGUGCAAGAGACGACUGCAGAAACGAGGGCCUCUGGCUGAGGCAGACAGCACUCGCUCUGAAGAGAGCGCUGGUGCCAGGAAGGCAAUAGAGACCGGGAGUGAGGGUGGGGGUGAUGGUGGAGCUGCACCUGUGGUGGUCAUGGCAGGAGAUCGCUUGAAUCCAGCCGCCAUGGCAGCGCCUCUCUCAUCAGUAUCCAUAACAGCAGAGAGGAGUCAGCUGGAGUGUGUGAAAUCUGAGCAGAGGACUUGUAGGGGGUCAUCGGAGGCACGAGUUCAGACUCCUCUGAGUCCUGACCUCGCUGAUACUACGCAGCCAGGCAUGGACGCUCUUCCUCUGCCCCCAGGUGGAGAGCUGGUGCAGGGCCUCAUCACAGGCCCCUCUGCCCCUUCCUCGGGAGGUCAUGCCAGGUUGAGGACUGGAGGUCAGGGAGAGGGGAAGGGUCUCUGCAGCCCUUGCAGCACCACUGAGACAUACAGCCACAGCAGUAACCAGCAGCCCUCCUCGUCUUCUUCCUCUCUGGUGCCACUGAGCCAGGCUAGUGGUCGGUCAGCUCUUUCCCAGUCAGAAGCCAGCCUCUCCCCCAGCCCUCAUCAGGACGCACCCCGACUGCACCGUGACGAGUCUCUUAGGAAACCCUCAGAGUCUGACCACAGGGGAAGACAACAGAUGGUCAUGUUAAUCCAAACCUCACAUUUAGAAAGAAACCCAGCACACUCGCCACCACAGCAUGUGCUUCCCCAGAUUCAAAUCCAGAGCACUGUGUCACUCCAACGCCAGAGCUUGGACUUCCACUCUGCUCCUCAGACCGACACCCUUAGAGGGCCUGUGGGGGAUACGGCAGCUUCACCCGCCACUAGAAAUGAAAGGUCUCACCCUCUUAUGGGUAGAGUGAGGACAGACGACAAUGAUGGAGAGAAUGUGAAAGUCAAAGUAGAGGCCAUUGUUAUAUCUGACGAAGAGCUAGAGGAGGAGAGAGAGGAAAGCAGAGAGAGAGAACCAGUAAUGGGAGUAGACAAUGAGUUUGAAGAUGACAUCCAAGAAGAGGAGCUGAACAGCCCUCAGUUUCUCUCCUCCCACCCGCAGGGCCUCUUACAAAUGACCUCCCAUUCAAAUGACUACUCCUUCCCUCUGUCUCCCUCCUCCUCCUCUUCCGGUGCCGGCCCUUCCUCCCAGGACACUUCUUCAUUUGCCGCUUCCCUAAUUCAUCCACCCACAGCCCAGCAUCAUUCAGACCCCCCUGCCUACUUCCAGGACUUUCAGGACUCUAUGGGGAACUUUGUGGAGGAUGUCCCCACAUGUGGAGUCUGUGGAAAGACUUUUUCAUGUACAUACACAUUAAGGCGCCACGCCAUCGUGCACACACGGGAACGUCCUUACGAGUGUCGCUACUGCUACCGGAGCUACACACAAUCGGGCGACCUGUACCGACACAUUCGUAAAGCUCAUGACCACACACUGCCAGCCAAACGCAGCAAGGCAGACAUGGAGCCCUCCCUGCAACCACAGCCACCACAACCACCUCCACCACCUCCACCUCUUAGCUAACACACAAACAAUCACACUAUUGUAUUUCUGUACCUAUACACGUACACACUUAGACCGAAUAUCCUAACUCUUCCAUUAUAAAUUCAUCUGUUGAUUAUUUUCUGGAUGAAUUUUUUUUUUUUUUGGUCUAUAUAAUGUCAGAAAAUUUUGAAGAUAAUCACACAAGUCACAAUUUCUCAAAGCUCAAGGUGACAACGUCAAAUAUUCUGUUUUGUCUGACAAACAGCUAAACUACAAACUAUUACUCAGUUUAUUGUCAAAAAAGACUAAAGGAACUAGAAAAUAUUGUUAAUAGUAUUUAAAUAUUUAAUAUAUCAUAUUUGAGAAGUUUUGCAUUUUUCCUUAGAAAUUGAAAUGAUUAAUCUUAUGUAGAUCAACUAAUUGAUUAAUCAACUAAUCCUUGAAGCUCUAAGACCAAGGUUCCUUUAAGUAGUGAGGACUGACAUAAUGUCCUCACUUGGAAACAUUUCCAUGGUAUAUGCAGGUCUUUUAAAGUCUUACAUUUUUUUAAAUUUGAAGCUAUAAAAAUCAGGAGUAUGUUAUGGUCUUCAUUCCAGUUUGUUUUUUUUUUAGAUUAAAUCAGAUUUGAUUUAUUCAAAUAUAUUCUUCAGAAUUAAAUAUAACUAAAACCAACCUAAAUCUUACCUUGAUAGUUGCACUUUACUUACAUUCCUACUUUAUACGAUUAUACUACAUACUUACUAUGACACUUAGGCAUAUACUAGAUUUUUAAAAAUUCAUCAAAUGAUCAAAAGCACUGUAUGUGAGGCCCUCUGAAAAAGCAGUUUCUCUGUUGGCCCCUAUUUGAAAAAACAAUGGCACAAUUGCCACUAGUUGUGCCACCUCUCGACUCAAAUCAUCCUGCUCAAUUUAUCCAAAUAUUGUCUUAAUAUUUUUAUAUUUGCUUACACCCUGCAGACACCCUGGCUUCCUAUUCUACUGAGGACAUUUGAUCCCCAUAAGUACAGAAAUACAAUAACUCAUUCACACACACACACACACACACACACACACAGAGUAAACACCAGCGUAAUAUCAGCCCUCACUCAUCCAACUUCAUGUUUGAACAUUGUCUCCAUAUAACCCUAAGACUGAUUUAAUCAAGUUUAAAUUUAAAACUGAUUAUAUGCUAGUUCUACGUAUUUGUAAAAUUUAAGAGGCAUUUUACAGUUUAGGUUUGUCAUUUUUAUAAAUAAUUUUUUUAAUAUCAUUAUUCAUACAUUUGUAUGGAUAUAAAAAUGAUCAAAAAUGUAAUUGUUGUAAGAAGAUUCAGGAGAUGUUUGAAAAUGUCUCAAUUGUGUGACAUCGUAGACCUAGUGUUUGCUAUAUGAACUAAAAACACAAAUAAGAGAAACCUGUUGUUUGAUCAGUUACAUGAAAUAUGUACGACUGCCUUUUCAGUGUGUGAAAGUUGGACUGGUUGUAACUGUAGUAGCACUGUACUGUCAAGUUGUUUUUUUACAGGAUGAAGCUGUCUGAGCUUUUUACUUUUGCACAAAUUCUAAAAUUUGAAUCAAAUAGUGCCAUUCUAUAACUAGUAAUUGAAGUUUUUCCUUGCAUCAGUCUUGAUGAAGCCAUGUCAGUAGCAGAUGGAUAUACAGUCGCAGGAAAAAGUAUGUGAACCCCUUGGAAUUACCUGGAUUUCUGCACAAAUUGGUCAUAAAAAGUGAAUUUCAUCUAAAUCACAACAAUAGACAAAGAGUCUGCUUAAAUCAACUCCACACAAACAAUUAUAUCUUUCCAUGUUUUUAUUGAACACACCGUGGAAACAGUCACAGUGCAGGGUGGAAAAACUUUGGAUUUAAUAACUAGUUGACACUCUUUGCAGCAAUAACCUCAACCAAACGUUUCCUGUAGUUGCAGAUCAGACCUGAAAAACGGUCAGGAGGAAUUUUGGACCAUUCCUCUUUACAAAUCUGUUUCAGUUCAGCAAUAUUCUUGGGAUUUGUGGAGCCCUUCCAGGCCCUGAGGCAGCAAAGCAGCCCCAAAUCAUGAUGCCCCCUCCACCAUAGCUCCCAGUUGGGAUGAGGUUUUGAUGUUGGUGUGCUGUGCCUUUUUCUUCCACACAUAGGGUUGUGUUCCUUCCAAACAACUCAACUUUGGUUUCAUCUAUCCACAGAAUAUUUUGCAGUAGUGCUGUGGAACAACUGUGGACAGCAGUGACUUCCUCUGUGGUGCCCUCCCACGAACUCCAUUCUUGUUUAGUUUUUAAUGUAUUGUAGAGCCGUUAACAGAGAUGUUGGCAUGUUCCAGAGAUUUCCGUGAGUCUUCAGCUGACUCUAGGAUCCUUCUUAACCUCAUUGAACAUUCUUGUCUCAUUGAUUGGACUUCAGGUUAGCUGACUUCUGACUCUUUUAGCUUUUGGAGAAGUCAUUAGCCUAGGGGUUCACAUACAUUUUCCACCCUGCACUGUGACUCUUUACUCAGUGUGUUGAAUAAAAACAUGAAAACAACAACAUUCUUUGUGUGGAGUUAGUUUAAGCAGACAGUGUAUGUCUAUUGUUGUGACUUAGAUGAAAAUCAGAUCACAUUUUAUGACAAAUCCAGGUAAUUCCAAAGGGUUCGCAUACUUUUUCCUGUAACUUUAGUAUAUUACAGAAAGUCUUAAAUUUGCCUUUUAGCAGUGCAGUAAGAAGUCUUUGAUUAGGGAGGUUCCUAAUGACCCAGAAAUAAUGACGUGGCAGCCAUACAACUGAUUGAAUUCUCUAAAUGAUAGGACAAUCUUACAAUAAAGAUUACUGCCCCACAA